AUGGAUUGUCCUGAAAAAGCUGUAAUAGUCCCAGGGAAUGGAGGCGGGAAUGUGGAGUCCUGUAUCUGGUACGGAUGGACAAAAAAAAAACUAGACCAGAUUACAAAUUUCAAGUGCUUGCUUCAAAACAUGCCUGAUCCAUAUAAAGCAAGAGAAUCAAUAUGGCUUCCCUUCUUGGAAUCAGAACUACAGUGUGAUAAAAAUACAAUAAUUAUUGGACACAGCUCUGGAGCAGCUGCAGCCAUGAGGUUUGCUGAAAAACAUCCAGUUUAUGCAAUCAUUCUUGUGGCAGCUUACACAUCUGAUUUGGGAGAUGAUAAUGAACGCAAGAGUGGAUACUUCAACCGUCCCUGGCAAUGGGAGAAGAUAAAAGCAAACUGUCGCCAUAUAAUUCAGUUUGGUUCCACAGAUGAUCCAUUCCUGCCAUGGAGUGAGCAGCAGCAAGUGGCUGAUAACCUAGAUGCAGAGCUGCAUAAAUAUGAUGACCGUGGACAUUUCCAGAAUACAGAAUUCCACGACCUGCUGAAUGCAGUGAAGAAACUGAUCCCAAAGUCUACAUAA